GGCGCCAGUGCAAAGUAGCUACAACGCCGCCACGCCGGAGCGGCAAACACUUCUGGAGUGUUCUUGUUUUCCGUGUCCGAGCUUCUUGGGUCUCUUUCUCGGGAAAACUGCGACCAGGAUGUGGAAUAGCGGAUUCGAAAGCUUCAGCAGCUCCACCUAUGGCGGAGCGGGCGGCUACACGCAGUCCCCCGGUGGCUUCGGGUCGCCCACACCGUCGCAGGCGGAGAAGAAAUCAAGAGUCCGAGCCCAGCACAUUGUGCCCUGUACAAUAUCUCAGCUGCUUUCUGCUACUCUGACUGAUGAAGUGUUCAAAAUUGGAGAUGUUGAGAUCUCACAGGUCACUGUUGUGGGGAUAAUCAGACACGCCGAGAAGGCUCCGACUAACGUUGUGUACAAAGUAGACGAUAUGACGGCUGCACCCAUGGAUGUGCGCCAGUGGGUGGACACGGAUGAUGCCGGUGGUGAGAACACUGUGGUUCCUCCAGAAACAUACGUGAAAGUUGCUGGCCACCUCAGGUCUUUUCAGAACAAAAAGAGCUUAGUGGCCUUUAAGAUCAUUCCUCUGGAAGACAUGAAUGAGUUCACCGCACACAUUCUGGAAGUGGUCAAUUCACACAUGAUGCUCAGCAAAGCCAACAACCAGGCCCCUGCAGGGAGACCGUCUAUCAGCAACCCAGGAAUGGGUGAACCGGUAAACUUCAGUGGGAAUAACUUCAUGCCAGCAAAUGGCCUCACUGUGGUCCAAAACCAGGUGCUGAAUUUGAUCAAGGCUUGCCCAAGACCUGAAGGAUUGAACUUUCAGGAUCUCAGGAGCCAGCUCCAGCAUAUGCCUAUAGCCUCAAUCAAGCAAGCAGUGGAUUUUCUGUGCAAUGAGGGCCACAUUUAUUCUACUGUGGAUGACGAUCACUUUAAAUCUACAGAUGCGGAGUAACUGGACUGCCUUGGGUACCUGAAAUAUUUCCACCUGGACCUGUUUUCAUCUGUUGUCCCCAACACUGAAGUUUUUGGCCAGAGGCUUCUAGGACAGAAGUUUCUUGUAGAAGGUCUCAGUUGAAGUCCUUUUGGAACUUAUUGCUCUCUGUUUUGUUGCUUGUUGUUUAGAGGUUCAAAAGGAAAUAGACAGUUGAGAAGGAAGUAAACCCGGGCAAGAUUUCUUGAAAGAAAUUCCGAUAAGCUAGUCAGGACUCUAGGAUGGAUGAUCGGAGUUGAAAGAGGAACACCACCAAGAGAGCAAAGCAGCACUGCCGCGCGCGUGGGUGCUUCUGUUCUUGAAAGGCUUCCUGUUAAGAAUGAACAACACAAGGGCCAAAGAAGAACCUAAAACCUUCUGCCAAUUUGUGUCAUACUCUGAGUCUGUGGUGUUACUUUCAAAAUUGCACUUUCCUUCCCCUUGUCUUGCCUGCAGCUGAAAGUAGGUUUAAGUGAGCAUGAGGUUCUGACAUGGAGGCCUCAUGGGGCAGAGAGGAAGAAAUGUUACUGCAUGGUUUGUAAUAUAAAUGUUCAUAUGUUUGAUAAAACUGUUCGAUUGUAGUAGCUUCUGA